AUGGGUGCUGCAGAGCAGGUUGCGUAUGACCACGUGCAGAAGUAUGCCUACGCCGUGUCGGAGCAAGGCGUGCUGAACGUCAUCGACUGGGACAACGUCACCAAUCCCCAGGUGCUGUCCAGCUUGGCCUAUGACUUUGCGGGUGCGAAGCUUACCGACAUCGAGAUUUGCACUUCCCAGGGCGUGAUGUUCAUUGGGGCGGGCGCAGCAGACACGGUGAGCGAUGGCACGGUUCACAUCCUGUCCACCGUGCAGCGUUCUUCCCCUACCAAGCCCGUCAGCCAGGGAACGCUGGUGACAGGGCCAUUGCCAGACAUGAUCUUGCCCAACAGCGACUGCACCAAGCUGGCCGUGGCCAAUGAGGGCGAGGGGGAGUACGGCAGCUCACUGGUCGACCCAGAGGGCAGUGUCAUGAUCUUCCAGAGCGCUGACUGGAGCAAUCCAUCCAGUGCCAGCAAGAGCACUGUUGCCCUGUCCGGGUACACUGACAGCGAGCUGAUGGGUAUGGGAGUGCACUUGCCGUUGCCUCUGGAUGCCAUGGUGUAUUUCGAUGACUACUCCAAGUGGAAGGACGACUUGAACUUUUCGACGGCCAGAACUACUUACUCCUCGGCCAUGAACCUGGAACCUGAGUACCUCUCCUGGUCGGCCGAUGACUCCACGCUGUUCGUGAACCUCCAGGAGAACAACGCCGUUGCCAUCAUCGACGUGCCAGCGUCGGGAAGCCCGACGCUCACCACGAUCUCUGGCCUUGGCCUCAAGGACCACGGAACCAUUCCGAUCGACGUCAACGCCGGUGACAAAGCCUGCGUGCAAGCCACGUACACUGGCCUCAAGGCCCUUCGCCAGCCUGAUGCGAUCCAGGCCGUAGAAGUGGAUGGCAAGACCUACGUCCUCACUGCCAAUGAAGGCGACGACAAGGGCUAUGGCGACUUUGAGGAGAAGCUGAAGCUCAAGGACGUUCUCAACUCGGACGGCUCCGUGGACAGCGACAUGGAGCACAUGACGGUAAGUUCGAGCGCGGCCAGCACUGCCAUGGCGCUCUUUGCCGUUGCGGACAGCCUGAGGAUUACGGUCGGCUCUGCGGCCAUCAACUACACAAACUCCUCGGCUCCGGAGAUCCAGGACAUCGUCGCGUUCGGUGGCCGCGGCGUGUCCAUCUAUGAGCACACCACCAGCGGCUUGACUCUGAGCUGGGAUUCCGGCGCCGAGGUCGAGAGGGAGCAGUGCGCCCACUACGCUUGGGCUCACAACGCCAUCCAGGACGAGGAGUUUGCUCCCGUGAACGGCCACCUCUACAUGGCCGCCGGCUCCAAGCUCCGCGGGACACUGGAUGAGAUGAACGAUCCAAGCCAGGACGGCUGUGCGGAUGCUGGAGAUGGCCAGCCGGGCGCCUGCCCUCUCGGUCAGAUGGUGGACGAUCGCUCCGCAAAGGAUGGACCUGGUGUCGAGGCCAUCGUGGCUGGCAAGGCCUGCGGCUCCCUUGUGGCUGUGACGGCCACGGAGAAGCAGGGCACGGCCUUCGUCUACGACAUCUCCAACAUCGCCUCUCCCAGCCUCCUCUUUGUGAAGCAUCUGUCUCCAGCCUCGGAGAUGAAGAGCCCGGGCGUGGCUUACGCGGACCGCUCCCUGGGCGAAAUUGAUCCCGAGGCCAUGAUCUUCUUGGAGGAUGCACACUCCCCGUCGGGCAAGGCCGGUGUCAUGUUUGCUGGCGCCUGGUCAGGAACGAUGUCCUUUUGGGAGUUUGAGUGCCCCACCACCACCACCACCUCGACGGCCGGCCCUGUCGAUACCAGUGGUGCGCGUGAAGUGUCUGCUUUGUCCUUGAGUGUGUUGCUCUUUGUCUUCAGUUUUGCACGGCUCUAA